AAGAACGUGAUCAAUUCGGUUCUGUUCAGCGCACACGGUAAAAUAUCGGCAGCGAAAAUGUACGCCCCACAGCAGCCAAUUUUAAUUCUGAGCAAAAAUACCAAGAUGGACAGCGGCCGCAAGGUGCAGUUGGACAACAUCAAUGCCGGCAAAUACAUAGCUGACUUGAUUCGCACCUGCUUGGGCCCGCGGGCGAUGAUGAAGAUGUUGAUGGACCCGAUGGGUGGCAUCGUGAUGACGAACGAUGGCAACGCAAUCUUGCGCGAGAUCACUGUGAAGCAUCCGGCCGCGAAGAGUAUGAUCGAAAUUGCGCGCACCCAGGACGAGGAGGUUGGCGACGGGACGACGUCGGUGAUCGUCCUGGCCGGUGAAAUUCUGGCCGAGGCCGAACAGUUCCUCAAGCAACAGAUUCACCCGACGGUUAUCAUCCGUGCGUACCGGGAAGCCCUGGAGGAUAUGAUCCGCAUCCUGCAAGACGAGGUGAGCAUCGAGGUGGAUCGCACCGACCGAGCCAAGCUGGCAGACGUGGUGAAAUCGUGCGUCGGUACGAAGUUUAUCGGCCGGUGGGGCGAUUUGGCAGUAAAGAUUGCGCUGGAUGCAGUCGAGACGGUCACGCUGACGGAGAAUGGACGCACUGAGAUCGACAUUAAAAAAUACGCCAAGGUGGAGAAGGUCCCGGGCGGUUCGAUCGAUGAUUCGUGUGUGCUGCGGGGUAUUAUGCUAAACAAGGACGUUACGCACCCGAAAAUGCGUCGCUACAUCGAGAAGCCCCGCAUCGUGCUGCUGGACUGCCCGCUGGAGUAUAAGAAGGGUGAAAGCCAAACGAACGUGGAGAUUGUGGGCGAUCAGGACUUCACCAAGCUGUUGCAAAUCGAGGAGGAGCACGUGGCCCGCCUGUGCGAAGACAUUAUUGCCGUCAAGCCGGACAUAGUGUUCACCGAGAAGGGUGUCUCGGAUCUGGCACAGCACUUCCUGCUGAAGGCGGGCAUUACGGCCAUCCGACGGCUGCGCAAAACGGACAAUAAUCGAUUGGCGCGUGCCUGCGGAGCAACGAUCGUGAACCGCACGGAAGAACUGACGGAGAAGGACGUCGGCACCGGGGCCGGACUGUUCGAGAUUAAGAAGCUGGGCGAUGAGUACUUCUGCUUCGUGACCGAGUGUGCCGAUCCGAAGGCGUGCACGAUUUUGUUGCGCGGUGCGUCGAAGGAUGUGCUGAAUGAAACGGAACGCAAUCUGCAAGACGCUCUGCACGUCGCGCGUAACCUGAUGCUCGAACCCAAGCUGGUGGCUGGUGGUGGAGCUGUUGAAAUGGCCGUAUCGCAGGCCCUUACCAGCAAGCAAAUCCAGGGACCUUACCGGGCCGUCGCCCAGGCUCUGGAGAUUAUUCCGCGUACGCUAGCACAAAACUGUGGCGCCAACACGAUCCGCACACUGACGGCGCUGCGAGCCAAGCAUGCUUCGCACUCAACCGCUGGUCCAUGCACUUGGGGAAUUGACGGAGAAACGGGCCAGUUGGCCGACAUGCAGGAACGCAACAUCCUGGAGCCACUGUCAGUGAAGUUGCAAGUCUACAAGACAGCCGUCGAAACGGCUAUUCUUUUGCUGCGCAUCGAUGACAUCGUUUCCGGUACGAAGAAGAGGAGCGGUGAUGGAGCCGCCCAAGGACCGACCGGUGGUAUGGGCGAGUGAGGUGAUGGUGCGCCCUAGGGACGAAACCGAGCGCUGCGGCUUUUCAAGUAUCUUUUCCCUGUUGGGCGGAUAAACAUCAACAUCCAAUGUCCUUGAUUUGCUGCUAACCCUGCUUUUUUCCAGCGAAAGAUCGCGGCCUAUGAUUAAUCCAUCUUAACUCUCUCACGUUGUGUCUUGGUUUAGAUUUUCACGUCACGUAUUUCACCAUUUACUCAUCUUUAAAAGCGAUGAAGCAAAC